UCUCUCUCUCCUCUCAUUUUGUGUGAUAAGUCAGUAUUCUCCACAAACACAAACACAAACCCAAUAAUAAAGCAAUCUCUCUGAUUCAAUGGCGGAUACUUCUUCAUCCAACCGCCGACGUCAAUCAAGCCGUCUACAACGUCGAGCCCCAGCCUCCAUACAAGUUCUCCGCCCCACUGAUUGGAACGUUGCGAUUCCACUUUUGUCCCCUCUCGCAUCAUCCCCACCGUCGAUUAAUCGAACCGUUGAGAUUGACUCUUCCGCUUCCCAAACGACGUCGUCUAGGGCUGAACAAACUAAACCCAUCGUUUUCAAGAAGUGGCAGCAUCCUGCCGUCCCCUUUUGCUAUGAUUCCGCUCCUUCUUCUCUUGCUCCUUUUGGUUCUUGUAGAUUUUGAUGUUUUUUUUUUUUUAUUUUUGAAUUAGAGAAAAUAGGGUUUGCUUAGUUUGUCAUAGAUUAUUGUAUAGAUUUGAAUUUUUUUGGAAUCAAUAAAACUAAAGUGGUAGUAGUACGAUUCGGUGUU